AUGGGCACGGUUCUAACACCGGCCAGCUCUUCUCUGAUGGACGGCUGGAUUGCAGGGGUCCCCCUGGGCCCAGUCACCCUGAGCCCAGCCCCCCUGAGCCCAGCCCUCCUGACCCCAGCCCCCCCUGACCCCAGCCCCCCUGAGCCCAGCCCCCCUGGGCCCAGUCACCCUGACCCCAGCCCCCCUGAGCCCAGUCACCCUGAGCCCAGCCUCCCUGGGCCCAGCCUCCCUGGGCCCAGCCCUCCUGACGCCAGCCCCAGCCCUCCUGACCCCAGCCCCAGCCCUCCUGACCCCAGCCCCCCCGACCCCAGCCCCCCUGAGCGCAGCCCCCCUGGGCCCAGUCCCCCUGAGCCCAGCCCCCCUGGGCCCAGACCCCCUGAGCCCAGCCCCCCUGGGCCCAGUCCCCCUGAGCCCAGCCCCCCUGGGCCCAGUCCCCCUGAGCCCAGCCCCCCUGGGCCCAGUCCCCCUGAGCCCAGCCCCCCUGGGCCCAGUCCCCCUGAGCCCAGCACCCCUGGGCCCAGCACCCCUGGGCCCAGUCCCCCUGGGCCCAGCCCCCCUGGGCCCAGUCCCCCUGGGCCCAGCCCCCCUGGGCCCAGACCCCCUGAGCCCAGUCCCCCUGGGCCCAGCCCCCCUGGGCCCAGUCCCCCUGAGCCCAGCCCCCCUGGGCCCAGCACCCCUGAGCCCAGCACCCCUGGGCCCAGCACCCCUGAGCCCAGCACCCCUGGGCCCAGUCCCCCUGAGCCCAGCCCCCCUGGGCCCAGACCCCCUGAGCCCAGCACCCCUGGGCCCAGACCCCCUGAGCCCAGCCCCCCUAGGCCCAGUCCCCCUGAGCCCAGCACCCCUGGGCCCAGUCCCCCUGAGCCCAGCCCCCCUGGGCCCAGCCCCCCUGAGCCCAGCCCCCCUGGGCCCAGCUCCCCUGAGCCCAGCCCCCCUGGGCCCAGACCCCCUGAGCCCAGCACCCCUGGGCCCAGCCCCCCUGAGCCCAGCCCCCCUGGGCCCAGUCCCCCUGAGCCCAGCACCCCUGGGCCCAGUCCCCCUGAGCCCAGCCCCCCUGGGCCCAGACCCCCUGAGCCCAGCCCCCCUGGGCCCAGCCCCCCUGGGCCCAGUCCCCCUGAGCCCAGCCCCCCUGGGCCCAGACCCCCUGGGCCCAGCCCCCCUGAGCCCAGCACCCCUGGGCCCAGUCCCCCUGAGCCCAGCACCCCUGGGCCCAGUCCCCCUGAGCCCAGCCCCCCUGAGCCCAGCCCCCCUGGGCCCAGCCCCCCUGAGCCCAGCACCCCUGGGCCCAGUCCCCCUGAGCCCAGCCCCCCUGGGCCCAGCCCCCCUGAGCCCAGCCCCCCUGGGCCCAGCCACCCUGAGCCCAGCCCCCCUGGGCCCAGUCACCCUGAGCCCAGCCUCCCUGGGCCCAGCCCUCCUGACCCCAGCCCUCCUGACCCCAGCCCCCCUGAGCCCAGCCCUCCUAACCCCAACCCCCUGAGCCCAGACCCCCUGAGCCCAGUCUCCCUGACCCCCGCCUCCUGA